UUACUCCCGUCCUUGUUUGCUCUCUGCUCUCACCAUGUUUGUGUCUGUGCUGUUCCUGUUGAUAUGUCUCUGCUUCUUGUUGGUUCAGUUCAAGUGUCGACGGCCCAAAAAUUUCCCUCCUGGACCCUUCACUCUUCCAUUUUUGGGGAAUGCACUCAGCUUAAACCAUGACAACCCUAUGAAGUACUUCGAAUCGUUGAGGAGGACUUAUGGGAACGUCUACAGCCUGUACCUAGGGCCCAGAGCUGCUGUGAUGGUGAAUGGGACCCAGGCUCUGAAAGAGGCUCUGGUUAACAAAGCUGUGGACUUUGCUGGACGACCUCAGGACACCUUCAUGAUGGCAGUUUUUGAACACAAAGGUGUAGGUCUAACUGAUUAUGGUCAAAAAUGGAAGGAGCAACGUCGGUUUGCUAUAAUGACCAUGAAAAACUUUGGUUUGGGCAAACAGUCGAUGGAGGAGAGGAUUCUCGGAGAACUACAGUACACAAUCAAUAAACUGAAGAAAAACACAGGUAAAAGCCUGAGUGCUCAAGUCAUGUUUCACAACAUCGCCUCCAAUGUGAUCUGCCUUGUUCUGUUUGCAAAACGAUUUGAAUAUGAUGAUGAAUUUAUAGUAAAAUAUGUGGAAAAUUUCAGUACGAGUAUGAAGACAAUCAAUGGACCUUGGUCUUUCCUGUAUGAUAGUUUUCCCUGCAUUCGCCGCUUGCCAUUACCAUUCCACAAAGGUUUAAAGGCAAUGCAGACAGCGAAAAGAAUGACUUCUUCUAUAAUAAAUGAGCACAAGAAGACCAGAGUUCCAGGACAACCUCGGGAUUUUGUCGACUGCUACCUGGAUGAAAUAGACAAGAGAGCCAAUGACUACACGUCAUUUUCUUGGGAAGAACUGUUGAUAACCUGCCUCCAACUACAUACUGCAGGCACUGACACUACAUCAAACACACUGCUUAUUGGAUUCCUCUACCUCAUGACCAAGCCUCACAUCCAAGAGCGCUGUCAGCAGGAGAUAGACCGAGUGCUGGAGGGAAAGGACUUUGUCACUUUUGAAGACAGACACGACAUGCCUUAUGUCCAGGCUGUGGUGCAUGAGAGUCAGAGAGUGGCCGACACUGUCCCUCUGAGUCUUUUUCAUGUGACCACCAGAGACACAGAGCUGAUGGGCUACUCCAUUCCCAAAGGCACUAUAGUCAUUCCCAACCUGUCAUCAGCGCUCAAUGAGGAGGGACAGUGGAAGUUUCCUCAUGAAUUCAACCCUGCAAAUUUUCUCAACGAUAAGGGGGAGUUUGUCAAACCAGAUGCCUUCUUGCCCUUUUCUGCUGGUCCUCGAGUGUGUCUGGGAGAAAGCCUGGCCCGUAUGGAGCUCUUCCUCAUCUUCGUAACUCUUCUGAGGAAGUUUAGGUUCAUUUGGCCUGAGGACGCAGGAGAGCCUGACUAUGAGCUGGUGUUUGGCCUCACCACGACCCCCAAACCAUUCAACAUGAAAGUGGAGCUGAGAGCUGCACAGUGAAGAAUGUAUUUGAUCACAAAACUGCACCCUGGAAAUCAAUACCACAUUAUAUUUUUGUAAUACAAAUUCACAAAUGUUUUAAAUCAAUAGCUUCAUUUACUUCAGCCUUAAUCAUACAUACCAAUUAAUGCAUCAUAUUUUUACAUUUUAACCCUUAAUGCUAUUUGUAAGGCAAAAAUUUAAAAAAGUAAAUUCUUUCAAGUAAUUACAUUUUUUGUGUGGGAAUAAUCAGAGGCUGAGGGUAGUGCUGUAAAAUCAGCAUUGAUUUGGACAUUUUUAAUAAAUAAUCGCACCUGUAGACUUUCAUCACAAAAAUGCACACUCGAAAAUAAAUAAAGGUAGUCAUCCA